GUCCCGCCAUAACAAACCGAGAUAAGUGGCCAUCCUGUCUCGUCUGACUGCCCCCCUCGAUCUGUUCUCGCACCCCAAGCCAACAUAUGAAGCUUACACUUCUUCUCUGACAGACACUAUCCCUUGAUCCUCUCCCACCGUUCAGUCUACGCCUCUGCUCCACCAGCAUCCUUCCAUCGAUCAUACUGCGACAUCAUCAAAAUGGUUACGAUCCAGUCACUCAGCUCGACCACCUCCCUCCAAGAGUGGGCAGAUGCCAUCGGCUUACCACACCUGCCAGAAAACAUCCCUCACGUGGUCCUGUCUGCACUCUUCUUCAAGAUCAUGUAUGACUUCCUUUCAGUGGAAGUAUCCCCGCUUGUGUUCGGCAGCGGACGGUGGAACAAAUUUGAGCCAGAGAGACGGAGUAAAUGGAGAAUGUGGAUCACGAAUCUGGUCAAGGCAAUCGGCAUAAGUUCGGGCGCGGCCUUUCUCACGAUCAUGAUUGACCGCUUCGCUAGCUGGAACCUGCGGUUCAUAGCUUUAGCUGUGGGGUUUUACCUUUGGCGCAUUUUCUACAUCUCAGGCGAUGAUCCUUCAUAUGUGGCUCUGAAUUAUUUCCAUCACAUCGCAGUCAUUACUUGCAAUCUGCUCGUCUACACACUUCCCAGGGACGCGAAAACCAAUCUCGCCCAGUAUUUCCUGUUGUUUUUGCUCUCCGAGUUCACUAAUAUCCCGCACAAUAUUGGCUCGAUGUACCAGGACCUAAAGCACGAACACGCAGCUAAAAUUUGUCACUACAUACGCAUUGUGCUUUUCGUCCCGAUUCGCAUUUUCUUCGGAAUUCACGUAGCAUGGCUCACACUUCAGGCUCUGCAACAGCUUUCAUGUAGCUCGCAAUCGACAACGCUAUUCGGGUUCAGUUGCUGGUGCGCUGUUUGCGCCGUCGGACAGCCCAUCCUUAACAUCAUAUUGCUCAUUAAGAUCCCGGCCAAGAAAUCUCGCACUCAUAAGGGGGAGUAAACACGCCAGAGAUCCAAUAUGGCUGUCGCUGACAAUCCCGGCGAUCAGCUUUCAUGAGCUAUCUAGUGAGAGACCGGCAAUGACUGUACGGGGGACCGGGUGAUGGGGG